AUGGAGACGGGCAACUACCUGUCGCAGCCGCAAGAGCUGGACGUCGCGACCCAGAUGACUACCCUAGCAGCUACGGAAAUCACCAAUAAGAUGGAAAAGGCCAAACCUCAGGUGAGCGACACCGAAGGGCUCAUAAAGAGAUUGCGCAGGGAAAUCAAAGAAAUGGUAACCCAAGCCGAAAUUGCGUUAGCGCAACUUUUCACUCUUCUGACAAAAGGUGCACUGCUGUGUUGGAAGCAAUCAGUGACAAGAUCAGUACUGUAUUAG